GUACAUCAGAAUAAGAUGCCCUUUUGCCUAUAUAUACUUAUAAUGCCCUCUCUGAAAAGAUUAUAUGUUGCUGGCAAAUGGAUAUCCACCUGUGGCUCAGGGUUUUGUUGGUCUACCAUGGCAGCACACAGGACUCCAACAGCAAGGAAGAAGAAGUGUUUCCACUGAAGCAGCCAUGGGGAGGAGCAGCAUCUUCAUAACUGUAAUGUAAAGUACUUUAAAGGAAGUUAUUGACACCAUAUCAUUAAGAAGGUGAGCACGUUUUGAUGCCUAAAACUCCCUGGGAUGUUAUGAUUGUUAGCACUAAAAUGCUUUUCAUUACCAUGGAUUAAUUUUUGCAUAAAAAAAGUUUCACGAUGUCAUUACUUGUGAUACUUUUCCAUGGAUUUUGGCAUUGAUAAACAGUAUUACUUGAGGAACCAUCAGGAUAGUCUUUACUAAACCAACAUGUCUUUGAACCGGAUCCCCACGACAGACACAGAGCAGUCUGCAGAGUACUCGGUGCAGGGUCCCAGUGACACGGGUCACGGUAGGUCUCAGACCCGUGAAGUGACCGUGCUCCAGUCGAGAUGCUGCCGCUGCCUGCCGCGCGCGGCGCGCCUUGCGUUUGCUCCAGAGUCAUUGGAGAGAAUUUACCAGAACUACUUCCGCAGACAGAGACAAGAAAACCUGCUCGUGCUGGCGUUGUUUGCCGCUCUUUUCAACAGCUUCAUCAUCAUCAUGUGCGCGGUGGUGUACACUCAGGACAAACUUGCCAUGGUGGUGGUCGCCGCGGUGGGGCUGUCUGCGGACGCGGGGCUGUACGUGCUGUGCCGGCUGCAGAAGCUUCCCGCGUCACCGGUGGCGCGCGGAGCAGUGCCGUACAUUCUGUGGCUGAUGAUAAACGUGCACGUUUUGUGUUACAUGUGUCUGAACUAUGAGCGUUUCCCCCAAGGAAGUGACUCUGUGGGCUGGCAGGCCUUUUUCACUUUCUCCAGCUUUCUGACCCUUCCGCUGGGCCUGGGGCCGCUGCUCCGUCUCACGGCCCUCUCCUCUGGGAUACACACCCUGGUGCUGGGGGUGACUGUGGCUCAGAAGUCCGAGGAUGACCUGCAGGGGCCCAUGCUGGUUAGACAGCUCCUAGCCAACAUGAUGCUGUACCUGUGCUCAGCCUUGGUGGGUGUGUUGUCGUACUACAUGGCGGACAGGAAGUACAGGACAGCAUUUUUGGAGGCCCGUCAGUCACUACAGGUCAAAGUCACACUGGAGGAGGAGAGCACCCAGCAGGAGGAACUAUUACUGUCCAUCCUGCCCAAACACAUUGCAGACGAGAUGCUGCAGGGCAUGAAGAACCAGGCCAGUGAGCUCGGGGGCCAGCAGCAGCAGCAGUUCAACACCAUGUACAUGUACCGCCAUGAAAACGUCAGUAUCCUGUUUGCUGACAUAGUUGGCUUCACCCAGCUGUCCUCCACCUGCAGCGCCCAGGAGCUCGUGAAGCUGCUCAAUGAACUGUUUGCCCUCUUCGACCAACUGGCAGAAGACCAUCACCAACUGAGGAUUAAGAUCCUUGGAGACUGUUACUAUUGUAUCUGUGGUCUUCCUGAUUUCAGAGAGGACCACGCUGCCUGCUCCAUAAAUAUGGGCCUCGCCAUGGUGGACGCAAUAUCGUACGUACGAGAGAAGACUAAAACUGAAGUGGACAUGCGUGUGGGCGUCCACACAGGCACCGUGCUGGGGGGGGUGCUGGGGCAGAAGAAGUGGCAGUUUGACGUUUGGUCCACAGACGUAACUGUAGCCAAUAAGAUGGAAUCUGGGGGGAUUCCUGGGAGAGUGCACAUUUCCCAGACAACCAAGGACUGUCUGCUCGGAGGUUUUGACCUGGAGCCGGGGGAGGGCGGGAAGAGGUGCGAGUACCUGAUGGAGAAAGGCAUCGACACUUACCUGGUGCUGGUGCCUAAACAGGCGGCCAAUGGGCUCAAUGCAAAUAAACCUGGGAUGUUGUCCAACACAAAUUCAAACCAGUUGAUCAACACUACAGUAACCAAUGGGAAUGCUACCUCACCCCAAUUAACGGCCACUGACUCUAUACAGGAGAAGAACAAGAUGGCAGAAGAACAACAGAUCAACAAACGACUACAGCACGAGCUGCUGGAGAGAGAAACCCAGCAAAUAAUGAAGGAUCACAAGAUCAACCCUGUGUUGUUGCGUUUCGUGGAUGGAAAGUUGGAGGAGCAGUACUCCUCAGAGAAGGAGAAGCGGAGCGGGGCGGCCUUCUGCUGCUGCAUCAUCGUGCUCUUCUUCAUCACAGCAAUGGAGGUGUUCAUAGACCCACUGUUGGCUGUGAACUAUGUGACUCUCACGAUAGGAGAGGUAUUGUUGCUCAUCCUCACAGUUUGCUCCCUGGCUGCCAUCUUCCCCAGGAUGUUCUCCAAGAGGUUGGUGUCUUUCUCGGUGUGGAUCGAUCACACACGCUGGGCCAGAAACACCUGGGCCAUGGCGGCCAUUUUUGUUCUUACCAUGGCUGUGAUUGCUGACAUGCUGAGCUGUGUACCUCCGUCCCUUCAAAUCUUCAACAGCACUUCGGGCCCCGUGUUGGAGUCACUUGGGGACCGAGGCUGUGCACAGAACCCAAAGCACUACAGCUUCAUGGCUGUGAUGUCACUCAUCGCCACCGCCAUGCUGGUUCAGGUCAGCCACCUGAUUAAACUGGGUCUCAUGGUGCUGGUCGUCACAGCAACAGGAGCCGUUAAUAUCUACAGCUGGAGGGACAUUUUCGACCUGUAUGACUAUAUACAGUUUGCCUCGUACAGAACAUCAAUAGUGCCAUCCAAGUACCUCAUGACCAUGAUGAUCAUUGUGAUGAUGAUUGGCUUCUACUUCUUUGCCCGGCAUUUGGAGCAUCAGUCCAGGAAGCUGUUUCUGUGGAAGGUUGGCGUGCAUGACCAGAAGGAGAGGGUGUUUGAGAUGAGACGCUGGAACGAAGCGCUGGUCACCAACAUGCUGCCGGAGCAUGUGGCCAAACACUUCCUGGGCACUAAGAAAAGAGACGAGGAGCUGUACAGCCAGUCCUAUAAUGAAGUAGGUGUGAUGUUCGCUUCCAUCCCCAACUUUUCUGAUUUCUACACUGAAGAGGGCAUCAACAACGGCGGCAUCGAGUGUCUAAGGAUUCUCAAUGAAAUAAUCUCAGACUUUGAUAGUUUACUGGAUAGAGAAGAGUUCCGCUUCAUCACUAAAAUCAAGACAAUAGGAAGCACCUACAUGGCAGCAUCAGGACUCACUCCAGAGAGCAACACCAACGACUACAGCAAGCGCAAGCCAGAGGAUCAGUCUCUGGUCGAGCGCUGGCAGCACCUUGCUGACCUGGCAGACUUCGCCUUGGCCAUGAAAGUCACCCUGACCAACCUCAAUAAACAGUCCUUCAACAACUUCAUGCUCCGAAUAGGUCUGAAUAAGGGGGCAGUGUUGGCGGGAGUGAUAGGAGCUCGUAAACCUCACUAUGACAUCUGGGGCAACACGGUCAAUGUAGCCAGCAGAAUGGAGUCUACUGGAGUGAUGGGAAACAUCCAGGUGGUAGAGGACUGCUACGACAUCCUUAAGAACUACAGCUUCCGUUUUAUCCGAAGAGGGCCUAUAUUUGUCAAAGGGAAAGGGGAGCUGCUCACCUUCUUCAUGAAAGGAAGAGACAACCCUAGUAAAAAUGGCGGUCCAAUGACCACUACCUUACCACACCAAGUUGUGGACCAUUGAAAAUUGUCCACUGUGUGAAAAGCUGUUAGGGAUAAGCCUGAGCAGAAGGUGACUUACAUAGAUCUUUUUCAUAAGCUCUGUUGCAAUGUAAAGCAUAUGAAAGUAGACCAACACAACACAUAAUAUGCUAUACAACUCACGAUAAAACUGAUUCUGUAUAAUUGUAUAUAAUUGAGGAAUUUAGGAAUUGUUAUCCUUUUGUACUUGAAUCAUGGACUGCUAUGAGAAUUACAAGCUAGGAACAGACGUAUACAUUACUCUCCUUUGUUGUUUGCCUUGAGCUCAGG